AUGAUUCAGUACUUGGUUAGUGUUACAUAAAGAAAAAAGCAAAAACCUUCAAUUUUUUCAGGCAGCCCUCAUUGUGAUAUCAUCGGCACUUUCUUUGCCUCCGCCGCAAGAUUGUGGGUUUUUUUUUUUCAAUUUUUGACAAUUUUCGAAAAAUUCCUCAUUUUUUCGAAUAGAAAGAACAUUUUUUGCAGCCGGAGCAUCAGAAAAAUGUGGUCCCAAUGAAAAAUUCUUCGACUGCGGCACACCCUGUGAGAAAACGUGCGAAAAACCGGAGCCGGUAAACUCUUGAAAACCGGAAAUUGAUGUAUUUUUAAAAAAAUUCUAGCUGUUUUGCAACGCUAUGUGUGUCCGCGGAUGUCAGUGCGACUUUGGUUUUCUGAGAAAUAAGGACCGUAAAUGCGUGGCGGCCGCCGAAUGCAAUCAGAAUGGAACGAGUCGUGAGUUUUCAAUCCCUGGCUUGCUUUUUUCAUAUUUCGUCCGGGAACUUUAAAAUAAGCUUUUUCUUUACCUCCGCAUGCAUUUCAUAAAAAAUUUCAAAAUUUCUUUUUUUCCUGAAUGUCUGAAGUUGGACAAAGAAGGGAAUUGGUCUAGAGAAUCUUGACUUUCAUUUUUUUUAGAAAAUUCUUUGGAAAGAGGUUAUUCUGAAGCUUUUUUGUGAAUCUUUAUGGUAUUUCUAAGAAGCCUGACUUUUUUUAUUUAUACUGUAGAACAGUUUCAUUCCCAUUAGGAAUCCGAAAUUUAUAGAAUUUCUUAUUAGACCAAAAACUAUGAGCUUCAGACGCCGGUCCAUCCUGUGAAUUGGUCGAUUGCAAAAGCGGCUACAUUUGCCAGAUGGACAACGGCGCGGCCAAAUGUGUUCCUCGUGAGACUUUUAUACAAUUUACAAAUCAAAAUUUGAACUUUAGAAACUUUAACGACUCAGAACGGAAAAAUAGUCUUUAAAAAUGUAUCAAAACUUUCGUUUGUAAAUUAUUAAUUUUUUCUUAACUCUUACCAGAAGCUCGAAAUUCUUCGAAAAAAAGAAACCUUUGCAGAACCAACUUUGAGCUGCGCUUCGACUCUUUGCGCCAAUGCUCACCGUUGCGAAGACACCCCGACUGGCCCCAAAUGCGUUCCUAUUGGUCAGCAAUCGUUUCAAAAAUGAAAAAAUUUUCAUUUAUAAGACAGUGCGAAAAUUCUGAGUCAGAUUGUAACUAAAAAAAAAUGAAAAAAAAUAUAAAUUUCUAGAAAACGCAGAAAAAAACUGAAAGGGAUUUCCCUUAACUAUAUUUUCAACUUGAAGCUUUUCUGACGAGAUUUUUGAUUUCCGUCCUUCCUUACUCUUCUCUUAGGCCGCUCUCUAGCUUACCGAAGAUUAUAGGCAAUCCUAAACUAUACUAUUUUUCAUCUUUGGGUUCGUUUGUACUUUCAGACUUUUCAGAGAAAAACAACGACCCGAAGAUCACUUGCGCGAAUGUCCGCUGCGCCGGCGGCGAGUGUCAAAUGGUGACGAACCCUUGCAAUGGAACCGAUUGCCGUUUCACACCGAGAUGUGUCACGGAAAAUGGUUAGUUCAGGGGGAUCGUGAGCUCGAAGAAACAGCUGUAUGUCUGAAAUUAUACAAUUCGGGGAGGCUUGUGUGUCAGGCCAACUCGGGCUUCAAACCCUAAUUUUUUUGCGAAGAAGUCUGCUUGGGUCAGGCAAGGCUUCGAGGGGGGCUUGGUUCGUGUCAAGUUUUUUUUUGGAUUUAAGGUGGAAAAAUAACCAAAUCUUCGUCGGGCUUAAAAAAUUACCUGAUUUCUUAAGGAAUAUCUUUUUCCAGCGUGCGCUGCAACCACCUGCGCUGUCGGUAGCCAAUGUGUCCUGGUCCAAGUUCAGUGUUUCGCUCCUCCCUGGUAAAUUUUCCGAUCAAUCAACUGAAAUAAUUUGAGGAAUUAUAAGUCGGAAAUAACUUUUUCUUUAAUUUUCCGAUUGAUAAGUAGAACUGUGAUCAAAAUUAAUCUUUUUUUUUUUAAUUUUUCAAGGAUUUUGCAAUGGAUAAGAAAAUGAUUUGAUUUUCGGAUUGCGAUUAAAAGUUUCAAAAGAUUCCAAUGAAAGGAUUCCAAUGUUUACAAGUCUCAUAAGUUUUAUUUCAGCCCACCAAUCGCCCAAUGUUUGAAUCUGAACGAGAGCUCCGACAAGUGCAAGGAGAAUGAGGUAUGUUUCAGUGUUUUUUUUUAUAGGAAACAACCUUUUUUGUGUUUUUUCGCCUUAACUUCUCAUAUCAUUUCGCAACGAGUAUAAUGAUUAUUGGAGUUCUGACGUACGUAUAAUUGAAAGCAAGCCAAUCAAUCAAUCAAUUUAUUUUUGCGAUGCGACGCAGCAAGAGGAAAAAAGAAUGACACCAGGAGGAUUAAUUUCGUGCUCAAAGUGAUUUCGCGGAAUAAAAAAUAGCCGUCAGAGAAAGAAAAAGAUAACUGAAUUUUGGAGAGUCAGAGAUAAUUUUGCGUUUUGCGGCUAUCACUUUGAACACGGCGUAACAGACGCAUUAUUUCAACUGUUUUGCCUGAUUUUUCCACUUUCAGGUCUUCUCAGAGUGUCACAACUCGUGCAGCGAGCCCAAGUGCUUCCCACAGAACAGAAUGGUACAGAAAAAAAAAGAAUAAUAAUUGGUUUUGAAAAGAAUUUCUUCAAGGCUUGUCCCAUGGUCUGCUCGACGGGUUGUUCGUGCGCCGAGGGAUUUUUCCGCGAUUUUGAGGGCCGAUGCGUUCCGCAGUCCGAGUGUCGCCAAGGUGAUUCCAAGGGGAAAAAAAUUAGAUAAGAUGAAGUUUUUUUGAAAUUCAUUGGACGUAAACCCAGAAGAAUCGGAAUAGUUUUUAGAAUUAGAAAGGAAAAUCAUGCUUAUUUUCUAGAACAUGAAUUUUUCCGAAAAAGAGUUGAAAAUAAGAUUUUUGGUAUAUUGAAAAUAGCCGCUGUUUUCCGGUUUCCGCGAAUCUUCUUAUUAUUUUGGGACACUUUGAAAACAUUGCAUCGAUGUUUUUUAGAGUAUAGGACAAAAGCGCCGAUUCCAAGAGCGCCGUUCAAAUUUAGCGCCAGUCCGCAAUGCGCCGUCGCGUGUAUGCGCCGUGUAUGCAGACGCCGCUUUCUUUUGCGCCGAGUCCGUUUGCGCCGAAUCGUUUUGCGCCGUUAUUUCAAACUUUUAUUUAUUCGCUCUUUUUAUAUUAUUUUUUAAUAAUUGUUUACUACACAUUCAUAUACGACUCGAAUAAUUUUCGCGCCAUCCGUUAAUGAUGAGUUUUAGGUCCACUUUGGUCCAGGUAAAUUAUUUUUUCCCCUUUUUUCUUUUCAAAGUAAAAAUAAAAAAGCAAAUAUGCUUUUCUGAUUUCGAAAAAUACAGAAAACGAAAGAAGAAGAGAAUGGAUAAAAAAAAUUAUUGCUUUAAACGACAUAUUGAGGGAUUUUUUUUGUGGUUGCAAAUUUUCUGCGUUAGGUAAGGCAAAGUUUCAAUUCUAGCAGACGUGAAACAGCAGAAAAUCGUUUUUCGUAACGUUGAACUCAUUUUCUUGAAACAAUAGUUCGAGUUUUUUCGAAAAUGCGGCAGAAAAAGUCCAUAUUAACAGAUGGCGCGAAAAAUUAUUCGAGUCGUAUAUGAAUGUGUAGUAAACAAUUAUUAAAAAAAUAAUAUAAAAAGAGCGAAUAAAAAUAAAAAAAGUUUGAAAUAACGGCGCAAAACGAUUCGGCGCAAACGGACUCGGCGCAAAAGAAAGCGGCGUCUGUAUACACGGCGCAUUGCGGACUGGCGCUAAAUUUGAACGGCGCUCUUGGAAUCGGCGCUUUUGUCCUAUACUCGUUUUUUAUUUUGUGUUCCUGAACCUCUUCCACAUUUUCGAAUCAAGAAAAUUAGAAAAAAAAUAAUCAAAAUAAUCCUGAAAGUAUAAAUUUGAAUCGUGAAUAAUUUUCUAUUACAUUAAGAGCGUCCGAAAAAUUUCUUAAACUUCAAUUUUUUUAAAAAUGAUUUUUUUACCACUUUGAACUCCUGAAAGACUUAAAAGGCGUUUGCUAGAAAAGGACUUUUUUUAAAAAUUUAUAUAACAUAGUUCUCAAUUUUCACUCAUUCAUAUCAUCUUCCUAGCCUAAGAGAGAUUUUUCAUCUGAUUUUGAGAAACCCUCAAUCUUAAAAUUGACAAAUUUUGAUUUGUCUUCUUUCAAAAGAAAUUUCUAGAUUCAAAACGCUUCUAGGCUCGUUUAUGAGAUCUCAAUGUCUCGUAUAAAGAGUUUAUUGCCCAGUUUAUUGCAAUCUUUGUCUGUUUAUUGAAAUCGCUCGCGUUUCUGUUUUUUUUUCGCUCGUCGAGAGCAAGGAAAAAAGAAAAAAUAUAUGGUGCGUGGAAUCGGAUUCGGAAACAAAAAACCAGAUAGGAAAUGGUUUUGUUGAUCCAUAAAAAUGGCGUGAUCAUGGGCGAAGCUCAUGGAAAGCAGACUUUUUGAACAAAAAGAUCUUUGAAAAUCGGAAAGUUACGAUUUUUGACAGAGCUUCAGAAGUGCAUAGAUUUUGAAAUUAAUAUAUUAUUUAUUCAACAAGCCCAAAAAAAUUGCCCCUGUUCACUUUAAAGCGUGUAAACGCGUUGCGUAUACAAAUGUUAAUUUUUGAUGCUAUACAAAUGUUAAUUUUCAGUAUUUUUUUUUUCAUCCGGUAUCAUCCGGUAGGGAAUUAGAAGGAACCUGAGACAUACCGAUUCUAAAUCAAUCGAGAAAAACGUCUUUUUUCAUUUUUGUAAAGUUAGAACGCUUCUUAGUUUUCUUCAGAUAAGAAAUGAGGUUUUUGGCGUUCUUGAGGCGUCAUAACUUUACUAAAAGGCGUAAAGAGGAGAUUUUUUAUAGCUGGUUUGAAAAAGGGUCUUUUGAAGUACAUUUCUGCGAAGUUUCAGAAAAUUAUGAACUAAACUCUUUGUACAAUUUCCGUUCGAGACUUAUUAUAUCAAUAACUUUGUUUUAAAAAAAUAGAAAGUUGAGUUGUGCCACAUCUAAAGAAUUUUAUGUGAUUUCUUGUUCCGAAAAAGUAUACUUAUAAGUUUUUUUUAGAUCCUAACCACGGAUGUGCCCUGAUGAGAUGUACUGCUGAGACGAGAUGUAUUGAUAAUCCGGAUGGUACUGGAUCUUGUGUUCCCCUCGACAAGCUUCCCGGCGGUGGUUAAUUGAGAAAAAAGUGGCAAAAAUAAUCUAAAUUUGUUCAGUUUGCAAAUUGAACGAAGAACGGAGAGAAUGCGGAACGGCGUGCGAGCCGAGCUGCAAGAAUCCAUCUCCAGUUCGUUUUAUAAUUUUUUUUUCCAGGGAAAUAAUAAAAUUUAGAGUUUUUUUCUGAAUAUACUUUUGUGAAUUUUCAUGUUUCAGGUGGUUCGAUCUUUUGAAAUUUUUUAACCAUAGUAUACACAGUACACAGAAUAUAUUUUGCUCUAAAACUUGAUUGUUUUCGCUUUUUUGCUUUGAGACCUGUGAACGGAAGGUAUACGGUAUUUUGAUUAAAAAUAACAUGAAAAGCUGGCGCAGAAUAAGCUAUAUAUUCGCGUAAAAUUUUCUCAGACUCUCCAAAAUCUGGUUAUCUUUUACACUCCCUGACGGUUAUUUGGCAGUGUGCGGAAUCAAUUUGAACACUGCAUUAGAAAUAAUUGGACCGUAAUGGGACCAAGUUUAAAAGUUCAAUUCUUAUUAUUUCACUCUUCAAAUUUUUCCCAAUUUUAACGAGUAUUGAACUUUAAUGUUAUUAAAUUCAAAGGAGACCCUCAAUUUUCAGUCCAAUAAUCUUAAAAAAAACAUUCCUGCAAGCCCCAACAAGGCAUUUUUUUUUCUCGUUUUCGAGAAGCUUUUAGAAGAAAAAGAAGACGAUUCCGCCAUGAAAAAUAAUAUCCUUCCGUGGCAAUAAAACGUCAAAAAUAGAAUCCAUAAAAAUCUACAAAAUUUUGAUUUUUUCGUCAGUCUUUUGCAAUACCUUCUACAGGAUCCAGGAAGAAUAGAAAGAGGAUUUGAAAAGAAAAAAAUCGAGUCGAAAGAAGUUGAGCAAAAAGAGGAUAAUUGUGUUAAUAAAUGAAACAACAGACGAUGAAUUUGACAAGUUUUAAGAUAAAUUAUUGGGAAAAAUUGAUAUCUUGAAAAUCGUUGAAAAUUGAUCAGUAGUGUAUAAAAUAUUAAUUGAGAAGUCGGAGCAUUUGUUGGUUGAUAAAUUAAUUAUUAAGAAACUUUUUUUAAUCAAUUGAAUAUGAUUCAAACGAGAUAUGGGAUAAUUUCUAAAUUUGAGAGCUUUUUUUCAAGGAAUAAAUAUAUCAAUUUUGAAAAGAGAACUUCUAAAUUUAUUUUUUUCCAAUUAUUACAGCAAAUCUGCACCCUGCAAUGCCUCGUCAACGUUUGCCAAUGUUCCGCCGGAUUCUAUCGUUCUGAAUCUGGAAGUUGCGUAACGCUGGACCAGUGCAACAGCACAGCACCCGGUAAUAAUGAUCCGCCCCUUUCGCUGUAUCGUUUUUUUGAUGCCAUUGUACAAAUAAAGUUAUAAAUAUUAAAUUAUAAACUUGACCUUAUGCUUGAAAUUUGAAGUGAAAAAAAUUAUCUUUGAACGGGAAAGUUGAAGGUUUUCCUUUCUUAGUUCACUUUGAAACAAGGUUCGAUGAAAAGUUUAUACACAAAAAAGGAUUUUUCAGGCCAGGUUUUGAUAAGUUUUAUAAGCCCUCGUGAGCUGAAAGAAAUUUUAAAAAGUCAAUAAAAUGGUCAGAAAAGCCUUCAUGUCGUUCUCCAAUUUUAUCAUUUGAAAAAUUUUUUUCAUCGAAUUUUUUACUCGAGUUCCAUCAUUUAGACAUUGUCAGAUCCAUAUUUCUCUGUUUGCAUAAACUUAAUUUUCAAUUUUAACUCUUAUGUUAACAUUAAAUCUCCCAAAAAACAAUUUUCCAGCCUUCCCCGACUGUUCCAAUGCUACCUGUCCAGCUGGCACAAGUUGCCAACAAGUCAUGGUCAACUGUUUCGCCCCGCCUUGGUGAUCAUAUUCAUCAAAACUCAUUUAUAGCAUAUUUUACAGUGAAUCCCCACUGAUCCAAUGCUUGCCAGAUGUUUCUCCAGCUCCUGUUGAUCCCAGCAACGAUACCUGCGGCCCUAACGAGAACUUCACGGAAUGCUACAACAGAUGCGCCGAGAAGAAGUGUCCGAUUCCUGGAAUCGAAGUGAGGAGACUGGAGUUUGAACUUCAGGCUAGGAAAAAGUUAUCCAACACGAACACUGUCUUUAUAUAUCACUGAUUAAACUUGGUUGAGACAGUGAAAAAAUAGUCUUGACAAGUAAAAAAAAAAAUAACGUUUUGCUUCCAAAUUCCUAAGUUUUCUAAAUUUUCAUAUCGCCUUUCUGCAAAAAGGAAGAAAAAUGUUUUUUUCAAGAAAAAGAAGGUCUUAGAAAACCCCAAAAGACUUGUUUCCAUUUCGUUUCCCCUUUUUUACAGCCUUUAUGAAAAAGGUGCUGGAAAGCCACUAAAAAGUUCCCAAGCGAUUCAGAAAGGUUCCUCUGGGGCUUUGAAACAAGACCCAUCUUUUCAAGAGCUUUAAGCGGAAUUUUCCAGCUCCUUCUGAAGCUCCUUAAAGGAGUUUUUCGCGUUUCAUCUAUGCGCUGUGGAUAGAACCUGUCCGAUAAAAUUGAAUUUUUCUUUUCUUUCCAGAAAAAAAUACUGGUGUUUUUUAAAAAAAUUUAACGUAUAAGAACGGUCUCAACACGAAAACGCGAACUUUUAGCCCUUUCAAAGCUUUGAAAAAAAAUUUUCACGCCGAAACAUCGUGCUCGAUGCAACUUUAUUGAUCAUAAAAGUUAGAAAGUAUGUUCGAUAUUUGAUAGAUCCAUUUCGAACCCAUUGAUAGUUUGGCAAAGUCGGAGGGUUGGAUAAUGGCCGUUGAAAGGGAGAGGCUCAAAAAUAGCCGCGGAAAGGUAGCAAAAAGAGUCAUUUUAUCGAGCCUUCCUUUUUUCUGGGAUUUUAAAGACUCGAGAAAUGGUAAAAAAUGGGAGAGGCAGCAAAAAUGGUGCAUAAGAGCCGAUGAAAUGGCGCAAAAAGGGAGCAAAAAAGAAAAAUUUCUAUGAACCUUUUUCGACCCUUUCCGAGUAUUUCGGAAAAUUUUGCUGAAUUCGAUGAAAAUGAAAUAAUUUUCCAGGCCAACCGAUUAUGCCCGGCAAGCUGCACUCGAGGAUGCGCUUGCCAACCAGGAUUCUACCGAAAUGUUCACCAAAAAUGCGUAUCGGAAAAAGAAUGCUCGAGUCAGUGAUUCGAGAGUUUUGCUCAUAAUUUAUUGCUCCAAAUUCACAUUUUAUUAACUUAUUAUUUGUUCAUUUUGCUUCAAAUAAACUCGUUUCUAUUAAAGUUUGCAUGUUUUAUUUUGAAAGGGUAGAGCUAACCUUGAAGGAAAUUGGGUAUCAUUUUGUUGUAAAGCUUUUAUUUAUCUGUUAAGAGACUUUUCUAGCUUUUAUUGUGUUUUCAGGGACAUUAUUAACCAUCUUGCAUGAUUGAAUAAUUGAAAAGUUUUAUAACUAUUUUUGAACGCCUCGAUUUAUUUUUGUAUGAAGUUUUCAAUGAAAGUUGAUCAUUAAUUAAUUUUUAGUUCGAUCAAGUUUGGACUAACUUUAAAAAGUUGAUAAAAAAAGAAAGAUUUUUGGUAUCAUUUUGUUGCGAAGCCUUUUUUUAUAUUUUCAGCAAUUUUUUUCUGUACAUUAUUUUAUAGCUUUUUCUUGUGUUUUUCAAAGAUAUUCUAACCUUUUUUUAAGCAAAUAAUCAGUUCUAAAUUAAGUUUCAGGGCGGUUGAUCAAUUUUAAAAAUGAUUCGGAAUCAAUUUCAACUUUUAAUGACUGAAAAAUUAAUCAAAACUCAUUUUAAAUUAAAUUUUCAGCUUUUCAUUCACGCAGGCUCUGAAAAAAGCUUAUCCUUUCCGUUGCAAUUAUUUUAAAAAUCAUCAACUGCAACUUUUAUUUUCAUUUCGAACUUAAAAAAACUCUAUAGGGGCCCCUAAGAUUUUGCCCCCUAUAGGGGUCCCUGAAACAAAAAACCCCUCAGAAAUUCCUCAGAACGUAAACUUGAAAAAAUAACAAAAUGUUCUUCAGCCCUCUCUUCGCCUCCAGACAAUUGCCCCAUAAACGAGACUCUGUCGGAUUGCUUCAAUUCUUGCAGCGAACCAAAAUGCUCCUUCUUAACAAGCAAUGUGAAUUUUGGACUGAUAAACCGAAAAUUAAUCAAGCAUUUCUAUUAGGAAACCGUCUGUCUGGAAGUUUGCGGCCAUGGCUGCACCUGCCGGCCAGGAUUCGUGAGAAAUCAAACCGGCUCUUGCAUUUUGGACAAAGAGUGUGUUGGUGGGUUUUGCGAGUCGAAAUUGUAGAAGUUUCAAGCUUUGCUUUUGAAAAUCAUGUUAGGAGAAGACUUCAAGAUACGUAAGGAAAAAAAAGACGGUAUCUGUUUGAAAAAAAGUUGGAAAAGGUGAAAAAAUGCUCCUUUUUGCUGUCUUUUUGCGCCAUUUCAUCGGCUUUUAUGCAACAUUUUUGCUGCCUCUCCCUCUUUCCACCAUUUCUUGAGCCUUUUGAGUCCCAGAAAAAAUGGAAGGCUCGAUAAAGGGACUCUUUUUGUUACCUUUCUGGGGUCUUUUUUGAGCCUCUCCCUUUUAGCAGCCACCUUUCGAAUUUGCCAGAGGAUCAAUGGGUUCCAAAUGGAUACAUCAAAUAUCGAACUUACUUUCUAAAGAGCACUUUCAUAAAAAUAUGAGUUUUCCGCUCUGCUUCGAUGUAGCUUUUCUAAAUUCCCUUUAUCAAAAGGAAGAAGGGACCUUCUCCGAAAAUCUUUAAAAAGUUCGAUUUCCAAAAGACCAACAAGAUAUUGCAGAGAAGCCUGUGUUAGAACAUCAAUGCAAGAAAAAGGAGGUUUUCUCGGAUUGUGCCAGCAAAUGUUCCGAACCCAAAUGCGGCGACGUGAAACAGGUAGGGAAACUCGAAAAAAUAUUUUUGGGUCAUUAAACGGAGCAGAAAGUUUUUAAAACUUAUGAACCUAAUUUUCGGGUUUCUCUUUUUAAUAAACGAAAGAAUUUCCGAAGAAAAUGAUUAUUUUGGAGGAAAAAAGCAAUUUUCACUUUUCAGAGAGGUUUUUGUCCUCUAUCUUGUACUGCCGGCUGUACCUGCGCAGAAGGACUGGUUCGUUCCGGGGAUGGGGAAUGUUACGAACCCGAAAAGUGUCCAAGUAAGGGUUUCGAGGGAAAAGAACGAAGAAAGUUGAGAAAGGUAGAAAUUAUAGUCAAAAAUGAUAUUUUCCGCUUUUCGUCGACGUUGCCAAGAUAGUUGUAACUUUUUUUUUGGCCAUAUUUUUUUAAAGUUUCGAAAUUUUUUUAGUUAAAAAAAUCGUUUCCAGGUUUCCUAACUAUUUCUUGCCGCCAGUUAAUUCAAAAAUUCAAAUACCCAUUUUUGGAUAAACUUCUUGAAGAAAAACCACUGAAAAGCUAGUUCCAAAUUAAUUUAUUUGGUGCUCUCUGAGUCUUUCGGAGAGUUUCAGAGAUUUUUUUCCAAGCCCUGUUAUUUUUUUCAAAUGUUCUGGUUCUUAUAAUUUCUAAAUCAUACAACAAGUCCAAAAAUUCAGAACUAUGCAAGAAAAAUGAAGUUUGGGGAUGCAAAGGAUGCGAGGCGACAUGUGAAAAUCCUGAUGCGGUGAGUAAACAAAAUAUUUGAAGGAAAUAACAAAAGAAUCAGCAAGAAAAUUUGUAAUAAAUUCAAAGAAAAUCGAAUCAAAACUGAUGUUAACGGAGGCAUAGUUCAAAUAUUCAAGUUUCAAGGAUUUUUUUACCGAUGGAAGACGGAAAAAAAGAUGAUUUUCUGGGUUUCAAAUGACAUUUUUUUAUAAUUAAGCUUAAUCAUACUUGUGACACACUCUUUUCAAAAAAGUAUAUCGAAAUGGAACGAAAAUUGGAAGAUUUUAGAUUCAGAAAAUAAUUGAUUUUGUUGACGAAGCAGUGGUUUUUCCUCAAAAUAACUUGGUUUAAAAUCAACCAAAUAAUUUUAGGAUAAUCAAGAGAGUUUUUGUACCUUUUUCCAAUCGUGAGCUUUUUGCCAAACCUUUAUUUUUGAAAAAAAUAAAGAGAAAAAUCAGCAAUAUGAGGAAAAAAAUCCAGGUUUGUGAAGACACCUGCACGGCUGAAUGCCUGACAAUUUUAGACAAAAAUUGUGAACCAAUUUUUUUUUUAAAUUUUGAAAAUUUCUCAGUUUUUCAGUCCUUUAGUCAAACUUUAAUGAAAUUUAGUGUUAAAACGAGAAAAUCCAGGUAUGCGGAGACACCUGCACGGCCGGAUGUCAAUGCGCCAAUGGCUUUGCCCGUUCCAAUGGAAAAUGCGUAUUUUUUGAAGAUUGUCCGACUACCAAAGUUCAAAGUUAGUGUAGAACAAUCUACACUGCUCCACAUAAUUAUAUAUCCACCUGAGAUUUUUCGAAAAAUCAAAUAUUUUGAGAGUUUCUGAAAAUCUUUUUGUUGUAAAAAGAUGCGAAUCUUGAUUAGAUUAGUAUAGCUAUCAAUAAAGUUCCUAUUGAAAAAUGAAUGCUUUGAAAACUUUCAAUUUUUCAAAAAAACUGAAUUUUCCGUUCCACAUAAUUAUAUAUCCACCUAAGAAUUUAAACUUUUUGAACCAUUUUUUCCGGUUUUUUGUAUCAGUUAUCAUUUUCUCAUUAUUUUUGUUUGAAAAUAAGAAGAAUAACAGCAAAAAGGUUUUCGAAAAGGUGGAGGAACCUUGGAUCUAAUCAGAAAACGGUCACGGCGUUGUUUUGUACUCCAGCUCCACAGUCAUCAAUGUGAGGGUUGAAUUUUCAUAAUCAGGGUUAACUCAGAAGUUUUGAGAAAGUUUAUCACAAAAAAGAUUCUUGAAUGGGCGUCAAAUUUUGAAAAAAAAUUUCAAAAACCGUGAGCGCCUUUGACAAAGUUAUCAGUUUUUUCAACUUUAACUCGCUUUUCUCAGUCAUUGAGAGUAGAAAUUAUAAAUCUACAAUGCAACAAUGCUGAGGAGAGAAUCAGCAAUAGUUUAACUCAGAAAAAUCUGACAAAACAAACCUCAAAGCUGAAAAAACUUCGGAGAAACAAGAGUCAAAAAAGGAUAGUUCGUGAUUUCGAUUGUAUUGACUUUCUGUUUAAUUUUCUUCGCUGAAUAAGGAUAAUUAUGGAUUAUUCAAUGUUUUAAAACAAAAAUAUAACUGUAAUCUUUAAUCAUGAGAAGAAAAAAGUAAUUUAAAAUUCGAAGAAAAAAAAUUCAGAUUCCUAUGAAUUUGACUUGAAAGUUCCUUAGCUAUUUACCGGUCUUGGUCAUUCUUCUUCGCUAGAAGCAGGUUUUUUUUGAUGAGACCAACUACUCUUGAAGUAAAAAAACAAUUUUAUCUCAGAAAAAGUUUACAUAAAUGGUCCGAAGGCAUUUUAAGCUUCCUAUUUUUGCCAAAACUGCGAAAAAUUCAUAAAUGUUAUCGGAAAACUCCUUCCUUUUAGUGCAAAGAAAUAUUUUACUGAAGUUUUUUGAACUUAAACUGUUGCUCGCAAGUACAUAGGUACUUAUGAAAUCAAAAUAUUCACAUCAUAAUCGAUUAAAGAGAAGCUGAUGUAAUGAACAGCACCGCGAUCGUUUACUGAUCAAAUCCAAAGUUCCUCCCCUUUUUGGAAAACCUUUUUGCUCUUAUUCUUUUUGUUUUUAAACAAAAAUAAUGAGAAAAUAAUAACUGAUAUAAAAAAAUGGGAAAAAUGGUUCAAAAAGUUUAAAGCCUUGGGUGGAUAUAUAAUUAUGUGGAACGGAAAAUUCGGUUUUUUUGAAAAAUUGAAAGUUUUUAAAGCAUUUAUUUUUUUCAAUAGGAACUUUGUUGAUAUCUAUACUAAUCUAAUCAAGAUUCGCAUCUUUUUACAACAAAAAGAUUUUCAGAAACUCUCAAAAAUAUUCGAUUUUUUUCGAAAAAAAUCUCAGGUGGAUAUAUAAUUAUGUGGAGCAGUGUAUAUGUUAUUUUUUUAAUGAAAGCAUUGUUUUUAAGAUAUAACCUGCCUCGGCACCGAGGUCUACACCGAUUGUAUGCCAUCUUGUGAGAGAACAUGCCAUGGAGUAGAUACGGUAAGAAGUCAAAAAAAAGCCUUGCCUUGGAGCGAGAUUCCUGGAGAAAAUAAAAGAAAACUGCUGGAAUUCUCCUGGAAAGUUGAAAAAUGUUCAGUGGCCCCUGUAGAGUUUGACGUUUUAGUUGCCACUUCAGUAGUCAAAUUAGUGGGCAUUUUAGAGGUCUAAAUGGUACCACUAAACCACUAAACAUUUUAGUAGCCUCUUUAUUGUUCUCUCCAAGUAGCCCUUGAGAAACAUCUAUAGUGGCAACUAAAAAUUUUCCCAGUAUGUAUUUUUUUCAAAAAAUGAACGCAAGCUCAAUAAGAGGGAGAUAGUUCUUUUUUUUCAUCUUUGAGCUCAAUUAUUUUAUUUGCGAUCUUCGAGUGAAAUGUUAUUAUUAGCAAAGGCUUUGAAUCAGAACAAAAAACUAGAGGGAAUAAUCAUUAACAGAAAGUUUCUGCUGGAAAAGUCCUGGAGAGUAUGAAUAUUCAUUGUACUCACAAAGGAGGUCAUUUUUCCUUUCCAAUUGGGAUUUCCCGAAAAUUGGCCGAAACGCUUCUUGAUGAACCAGAUGAAGCUUCUGGAAGUUGAACCUGCGCAAAUUUUUAUUUUUUUUAGGAAGGACACGUCUAAGCCAGAGAAAACCUAAAAAAAAUUGGCAAAAAUAGGCUCUGUGCUCUUAUUUCUCGGACACUAGAAAGUUGUACAGGUUGGGACUCUCAGAAUCUUCUUUUAAUACGACAAGAAGUGUUUUGGCCAGAUUUCUCAACCGCAAAGGGAAAUGACCUUCCUUGUCAGGAUAUCUACAAAGAGUGUAAAAGACUGAAAUGGGUGCCAUUUAUAAUGCGCCCUCAUGAGCGAAUUUCCCGUUCCGAGAGACGAAAAAGAUUUUUGAAAAGAUAGUGCUGAUGUAGAAUAUUUAUAAAUGAUCAACAGUUCUUAUCAGAAUCUAACUUUUGACUAAUUCAGUGCAAGAUGAACCCGGAGACGGGCGGAGCGGACGUCUGCAAGCCUGGCUGCCUUUGCAAGCACGGCUAUCGGAGAAGCGCCACUGGAGUCUGUACUCAUCAGAGACUGUGCUUCAAGAGUUGGGAAACCGUUAAAUUUAUGAUAAUAUCAUUAGGAACGCCAGAGGGGUUCGGAAAAAAGCCCAUUUAGAAGACAAAAGAGUGCUUCCUAGAGGGUUGAAUUUUGGUGAUUCCUUUAGGGGCUUAGGACCUUACCCCUGAGCCCCUAAAGCUCAUCUGGUCCCUAAAGAAGUCUCCUAAGAUUCUCUUCAGUUAAAAAAACUUGAACGAUCAAUCCUGUGUUGAUAUUUUUCAUCCGAAAAACGCUAGUUUAUUUAGCUUUUCGUAUAGAAAUCACAACAAUAAACGACUAGCAUGUCCCCUAAAGUGGACACUAGCUAAAAUCCCUAGAGAGGCCGCUUUUGCAAGCUUCAGUGCCCAUGUAUGGGCAGGUAAGAUGGUAUUGAAGUUCCCCUAAAGUUGCCCUUCUAGGGACGACUCUGGCCUUCCUGACUAGGGAGUGUACUCUCUUUCUUACUGGACCUUUUCUCGAAAACUAUAAUCGCUAUCAGUAUCGACGUUGUCCUCUAACAAAAAGUGUGAAAAGGUUCCUGAGAACAGCCAAAUUUAUAUUAAACAUGAGUAAGCAGUUUUCGGAUGAUGCAAUCGAGCCAAGACUAUCAUCAUCUUCCUCUGCACAUGUUCCGCCUAUGCAUUGAAGAGCCAACGUCCUUUUUUUGAUUUUCAGUGGCUUCUUGGCUCAGUUUUUUUCUGUCCUGGUAGUUAAUUAAUUACUGUCUCUUGCUACAUAAUUAAGCAAGACUGCAGAGUCGUUUUUGCUGCCCGUUUUCACUAGAAAUUUUCUAGGUGCUGGUUUUUUCUUUCUGUGGGGCUUUUCCUGCAGCUGAACAAGAUCCGUAAGUGGAAGUAUCUGUACAAUCUUGCCUCAAAAAUACUUGAAAACCCAAAGUUUUUGGUGUACAUCCGCUAUUGAGCUGCUCUAAUGUUUCUCAUUACUGUAAAGCGCAAGUCGUUUCGUGUCGGACCACGAUUUUUUGAGCGCGACAUCUUUAACUCUUGCUUUUUCAAUAACUCUUUUCUGAUACCCAUUCCCCACUACAGUAUACCGAUUCCAGAGGCGACUUGUGAGACCAACGAGGAGUGGUCCAAGUGCAUGCCGCAGGAGGAGAGCUGCGAACAUCUCCGAUUCCUGAACGAGACGUCGACGUCGCUUCUGGAAGACACCCUGGCCCCAGUCCCUCUUCAGUACCAAGGCGGCUGCUUCUCCGGCUGCGCCUGUGUCGACGGCUACGCCAGAACCGACCACGGAACUUGUAUCCCUGCCCAAAAUUGCCCAUGA